UGGCUUCCUCUGCUGGGAGGGAUUGGGGGGCUGGGCCCCCGCAAGGGGCCCCCAGCUUCCCCCUUCCCCUGGGCAGGGGACAGAGAAGCACAGGCUCAGGGAGCGGGGACGAACUUCCUCUUGUACCGGAAUGAGCAUGUCUGCCCUUUGCAAGUGGGUUUGGGUCUCUCGAGCAGAGGAAACCAAAAGCAGUGAGAGAGAGGGAAGGCAGAGCGACCAAUCAAGGGCAGGGUGAGGCGCAAAACCAGCGGGCUCCCCGGGGAGCCAGGCAGAGGCGGGGGGCCAUGGCGGAACUGCAGCAGCUGCAGGAGUUCGAGAUCCCCACGGGCCGGGAGGCCCUGCGGGGCAACUACAGCUCCCUGCUGCGAGUCGCAGACUACUGCGAGGACAACUACGUGCAGGCCACAGACAAACGGAAGGCACUGGAGGAGACCAUGGCCUUCACCACCCAGGCCCUGGCCAGUGUAGCCUACCAGGUGGGCAACCUGGCUGGACACACUCUGCGUAUGUUGGACCUUCAGGCAUCAGCCCUGCGGCAGGUGGAAGCCCGUGUGAGCACGCUGGGCCAGAUGGUGAACAUGCAUAUGGAGAAGGUGGCCCGAAGGGAGAUCGGUACCUUAGCCACCGUCCAGCGGCUGCCCCCCAGCCAGAAAAUCAUCGCCCCUGAGAGCCUGCCUCCCCUCACGCCCUACUACAGGAGACCCCUCAAUUUCGGUUGCCUGGAUGACAUCGGUCACGGGGUCAAGGAUCUGAGCACACAGCUGUCGCGGACCGGGACCCUGUCUCGAAAGAGCAUCAAGGCGCCUGCCACACCCGGCUCCGCCACCCUGGGGAGAGCGCCCCGGAUCCCCGAGCCUGUGCAGCUCCCCGUGGUGCCGGACGGCAAACUCUCCGCCGCCUCCUCUGCCUCCUCCCUGGCCUCGGCCGGCAGCGCCGAAGGUGUCGGUGGGGUCUCCACGACUCAGGAGCAGGCAGUAUCCCCACCUCCACCCCCUCCACCCCCUCCACCUGCUGCCUCCGACGGUUUCCUGCCGCCCCCUCCGCUGGGGGAACUGUGCCUGCCCCCAACGGCCCCAGAGCUGCCCAUGCCCCUGGACCUGCCCCCUCCUCCACCCUUGGUUGUAGAUGAUUUGGGGCUGCCACCUCCGCCACCACCAGGCUUUGGGCCUGAAGAACCCAGCUGGGUCCCUGAUGCAUACUUGGAGAAAGUGGUGACACUGUACCCAUACAUCCGCCAGAAGGACAACGAACUCUCCUUCUCUGAGGGCACCGUUAUCUGCAUCACCCGCCGCUACUCUGAUGGCUGGUGUGAGGGUGUCUGUUCAGAGGGGUCUGGAUUCUUUCCCGGGAACUAUGCGGAACCCAGCUGCUGA